AUGUUCUCCCGUGCAGCUCUUGCGGCUGCUGCCACAGCAGCGGCCCUCAGCUCCGUUGAAGGCUUCCUUACCGCCCCCUUCCUGCUGGGAGCGCUGCUCGACUCUCUCCCCAGAGCCACGGCCUCCGCGAUCUCGACCUCGAGCGAUUCGUACGGGGACUUGUCAAACAUCGUCAUCUCGGGACUGAACGGGAUCGCGCUCAAGGACAAGGAGUUUCCUAACAAGAAGCAAGUGUUCGAUGCCAUGCCUGCCGACAGCUGGAAGCGCGAUGACAAGGCGAGUGAUAUCUCGCUCAUGUAUGCGGGCAUCUCCCUUGCUCUCACUCUCGGAGUCGGAGCCCUCGCGUGGAUGUUUCUUCCCCUCAAAUUGGCCAUGUUGCCUCUCUGGGCCCUCUACUGGUACGCCGCCGGCACCAUCGCCACCGGCUGCUGGGUCAUCGCGCACGAGUGCGGACACGGAGCUUUCUCCGACAACAAGCUCCUUCAGGACACUGUCGGAUACCUCUUCCACACCGCUCUCCUUGUUCCCUACUUCUCUUGGCAGCGAUCGCAUGCUGUCCAUCACUCAAAGACGAACCACAUCUUCGAGGGCGAGACCCACGUCCCCUACACCCUGGAGACUGGCAAGGGUACUCUUGGCAAGUUGAGCACAAUGCAGAAGAUCUUCGGCAAGAAGUUGGGAGAAGCGAUCUAUGGUGCCAACCGCGUCGUUUCUCACCUCGUCUUUGGAUGGCCUGCAUACCUUAUUGCUGGAGUCACUGGUGGACCCGUUCGUGGCAUGACCAACCACUUCAUCCCCGUCAAGCCUUUUUCUACUGGCGACAAGAACACCGAGCUCUUCCCUGGAGUGUGGAAGAAGAAGGUGUGGCUUUCUGACAUCGGCAUCGUCGGCAUGCUCGGCCUCCUUUACGCCUGGUCUGUUAAGUUCGGUUUCCUCCACAUGGCUGCUCUCUAUCUCGGUCCCUACGUCGUCACCAACUGCUGGCUCGUCCUCUACACUUGGCUCCAGCACACUGACACCGACGUUCCUCACUUCUCCGGGGAGAACUGGAACUUCAUCAAGGGAGCUUUCAUGUCCAUCGAUCGCCCCUACGGCCCCAUCUUCGACUUCCUCCACCACCGCAUCGGCUCCACCCACGUCGUCCACCACAUCGACUGCACCAUCCCGCAUUACCGCGCCAAGGCUGCCACUGAAGCCAUCGCCAAGGCCUUCCCUGAGCACUACCUCUACGAUCCCACUCCUCUCCCCGAGGCUCUCUGGAGGGUCUCAACCAAGUGCGUUGCUGUGGAGGAGCGAGGCAAGAAGUGGGUCUUCGUGCAGGGCGAGGGAACCCCCCAGCUCCCCCAGAGCGCCUGAGCUCCCAGCUGAGAAAAAUUUUCCUGGAAUAUUAAAUGUAGUGCAUACGAAUAGAGUAAAGACUUGUUGCUG